AUGGCUUCCGGGACUUUGUACACCUAUCCCGAAAAUACUCGGGCAUACAAGAUCCAAAUCGCUGCUGGGUACAGCGGUGCACAGCUGACCGUUGUGCAGGAUCCACCGGCUUUCAAGCUUGGCGAGACGAACAAGUCGGCCGAGUUCCUCAAGAAAUUUCCCCUUGGAAAGGUCCCAGCCUUUGAAAAUGGAAGUGGAGACACUUUGUUUGAGAGCAAUGCUAUCGCAUACUAUGUGAGCAAUGAGCAGCUCAGGGGCACCGAUGAGUUGUCAAAGGCUCAGGUCCAGAUGUUUGUCAACCUGGCUGAUAACGAGAUUGAGCCAGCUGCCAGCACAUGGGUUUUCCCAACACUGGGUGUCGUUCAGUACAACAAACAGCAAACGGAGAAGGCAAAGGAGACUUUGAAGGCCGUUCUCGGUUUCCUCAACGAGUACCUGAAGACGAGGACAUUCCUGGUCGGUGAGAGGGUCACCCUUGCAGACAUCAGUGUAGGAUGCCAGCUGCUCGGGGCGUACAAACAGGUAUUAGAUGUGAACUUCCGCAAGGAGUUUGUGCAUCUCAACAGAUGGUUUGUCACAUUGGUCAACCAGCCAGAGGUCAAAGCUGUCGUCGGGGAGGUCACCCUCUGCGAGAAGAUGGCCCAGUUUGACUCUAAGAAGUACGCUGAGCUGUCGGGCGGUAGCAAGAAGGAGAAGAAGCCAAAGGUUGAAAAGCCUAAGGCUGAAAAGAAGGCCAAGAAAGAAGUAGUAGAUGAUGAAGAUGACGAACCCCCUCCACCACCCAAACCCAAGGUUGACCUAUUUGCCGACUGCCCAAAGAGCGACUUUGACAUGGACGCAUGGAAGAGAUGCUACAGCAACAAGGACACGGAGACGGAGGCACUGCCUUAUUUCUGGGAUAAGUUUGACAAGGAAGGUUACAGCAUCUGGCAUUGCGAGUACAACAUCCCAGAGUACCUCAAGGAAAACAUGGUCUACCAGACCUGUAAUCUAGUCGCAGGUUUUUUCCAGCGUACGGAAAAAAUGGUCAAGAAUGCAUUCGGUAAUGUUCUCAUCUUCGGUGAAGACAAGGACACCGCAUUACAAGGUGUCUUUUUCUGGAAGGGACAAUCUCUCAUCUUCGAGCGAUGUGAAGACUGGCAAGUAGACUACCAAUCUUACAACUGGACCAAACUGGAUCCUGAGACGGCCGAGACCAAGGAGAUGGUCAAGAAGUUCUUCAUGUGGGAAGGAGACUUUGGUCCACUCAAGGUCAACCAGGGAAAAACCUACAAGUGA